GUCGAUUACCCGAAAGACCCACCAUCUGUAAGGCUGAAAAAAUCUCCAUCCGUCCUCCCCUCUCUGCAACAGAAAUUUCUAGAGCUGCUCUUCGUACCGCUCCAUCGAGGAGUACUGCCUCUCUUACACGCCCAAAGCUAGAAACUCCCAAUGAUCAAACUAGCCGCGUCGGCCUUUUUCGCUGUAACCACUACCCUCACUCUGUUCUGCUCCUUCCCUUCCCCUCCGAAAUCAUUCUACCACUCCCUCUUCCUAUCGGCCUCCAUCUCCGACAAUGCCUCCGUGGCCCACCACCUCUACACCCUCACCCGCCGCCCCCACGUGGCGGGGACGCCCGCCAACGCGGAAGCAGCAUCCUACGUCCUAUCCACCCUCACGUCCUACAACGUCCCAGCCCACAUCGCCUCCUACGACGUCCUCCUCACUUACCCGAUCUCCCGCUCCCUGACGCUCACCCGCCAACCCCCUGAGCCGGCGGUAAAGUUCAUCCUGCGCCAAGAGAUCUAUGAUGGAGAUCCCUAUGCCGAUGUGGCCCAUGAAGUAUUCCCCACCUUUCAUGGGUAUGCCAAGUCCGGAACUGCCACUGGACCCGUGGUUUACGCCAAUUAUGGGCGAGUUGAGGACUACGAGACAUUAAAAGAAAUGGGAGUGAAUGUUACGGGUACAGUAGUAUUGGCGAAAUAUGGGCAGAUAUAUAGAGGAGAUAUUGUGCAUAAUGCAUACGAGGCAGGGGCAAUAGGGACGAUCAUAUAUACUGAUAGGAAGGAUUACGGUGGUGGAGGGGGCGGUGUGCGGUGGUUCCCGGAUGACAGGUGGAUGCCGCCGAGUGGGGUUCAAGUGGGGUCGGUGUACACAGGGACCGGUGAUCCGGCGACACCGGGAUGGCCAAGCACGAAAGGAAGUGAGAGGCUCUCAUAUGAAGAAAUAGAGAGGGAAGGGGAUGUUCCUCUGAUACCUUCGCUGCCAGUGUCAGGAGCUGAUGGUGAGACUAUAAUGGGGUCGCUUGGUGGUCAGUUGGCAAAAGAUGAUUGGCAAGGGAGCAAAGAUGCUCCUCCAUAUAGGGUUGGACCGGGGCCUGGGAUCCUGAAUCUCACUUAUUCUGGAAAUCAGACAAUAGAAACAAUAGAGAACGUUAUUGGAGUGAUUGAAGGAGCAGAAGAACCUGAUAGGUACGUUCUGCUAGGCAAUCAUCGGGAUGCAUGGACAUUCGGAGCAGUUGAUCCUAAUAGUGGUACUGCAGCACUGUUGGAGGUUGCACAAAGGCUAGGAAAGCUACUAAAAAAGGGGUGGAGACCUAGAAGAACAAUCAUCUUCUGCAAUUGGGAUGCUGAGGAAUAUGGCUUGGUAGGGUCAACUGAAUGGGUAGAAGAAAACAGAGCACUGUUAGCUUCAAAGGCUGUCGCUUACCUGAACGUUGAUUGCGCAGUAUCAGGUGCAGGAUUCCAUGCCGCUUCAACUCCACAGCUUGAUCAACUGCUCAGACAAGCUGCUCAGCAGGUUCAAGAUCCAGAUAACUCAUCCCAAACCAUAUACGAAUCUUGGGCUGGGCAAAGCAAAUCUUCCCCCAUGGUUGAUCGGUUAGGAGGCGGUGGAUCAGACUAUGCAGCUUUUGUUCAGCAUGUUGGUGUCCCAGCAGCAGACUUAUUUUUUGGAGGAGGAUACCCAGUAUACCACUCUAUGUACGAUGAUUUUGUUUGGAUGGAAAAGUAUGGCGACCCAAUGUUCCACAGACAUCUUGCAGUGGCAAGCAUUUGGGGUCUCAUAGCUCUCCGUCUAGCGGAUGAGGAAUUUCUACCUUUCGAUUACCUCUCGUAUGCAUCUGAACUUCAGGAAAGUGCAAAGGAUUUAGAAGAUGAGCUCUCAGAUAAGGGGCUGAACCUCAUCCCCUUGUUUAAGGCCAUUGAGGAUUUCAGAGGAGCAGCCACCAAAAUAAACAUUGAUGUAGAGGCGAUAAAAGAAAGCAGUAGCUGGUCAUCAAUAUGGAAAGAGUACCGUAUGAGAGUAAGGGAGCUGAAUGACAGAUUAAUGAUGGCGGAAAGAGCAUUUGCAGACCCUGAUGGACUUUUCGGAAGGUCGUGGUAUAAGCAUUUGAUUUAUGGCCCUUCAAAGCAUAAUGAUUAUGGAAGUAAAUCCUUCCCUGGAAUAGAUGAUGCUAUUGAGGAAGCAAAGAAAGCCAGCACAUCAGACUCAUGGCAUUCUGUACAACAUGAGAUAUGGAGAGUCUCUAGGGCUGUCAAGCAUGCCACACAAGUGCUCAGUGGCAAACUCACAUGAUAAAGCAAAGUCUUUCAUGUACUCCAUAAACUUUUCAUAAAGUAGGAUAGGCAGUUUUAGUGAAGUCCAAACUAUGAUGGUGGUCUUUAUCUAAUGACCACCAGUACAACUCUUAAUCAAAAGAAACCGUUGUUAUUGCGAUGACUUACUCUAAGCUGAGUAACACACUAAUUUUGUUACCCAUAAUGCGAAAUGCAGAGCAAAGGGCUUCUAAAUC